AUCUAAUAUCCUUCUGUGCUAUGGAAUUCAACUCAAACAACAUUAGCUUUUCUUGUAAGUGAUCAGGUAAUGGCAUCCUCAAGUGUUGGGCAAGACAAGUAUCGAUCCUUCUUGAGUGAAGAAGUGAAGAACACCAAAUGGAGGUUUGGGGUACCUAACUAUGAUGUUGUCAAUAAGCUCUUUGAAGAAGGCAGAACUAAGAUAUGGCUUCCUGGGUCACUUGAAGAAAAGGUGCAGAACUUUGUAAAGACAUGGGAAAUGGAAUUUUUCCAUAAGACCGACCCAGAUGAGUUUAAAUCCAUUGAUCCCAAGAAAUUUACUUUCAGCGUAAAUGGACGGAAGGCUUUAAAUUUGGAAGAAAUAGGCAAACUUGGGGGAGGCUAUAAUCCGCUACUUCAGACCUCCCUGCCAGAAAAACUCAGGGUUUACAAUCCAGAUGAAGAAACAGCGGCUUCUUCUCAUAAAGUUUUCACUACAACAUUCCCACGUGGGUUUGCUUUGGAGAUUCUCCAAGUUUAUACUGGGCCACCUGUGAUGGUGUACAAGUUCAGGCAUUGGGGUUAUAUGGAGGGCCCUUUCAAAGGCCAUGCCCCAACUGGAGAGAUUAUUGAACUCUUCGGAAUUGCCAUUUUUGAGGUGGAUGAGCAGAUGAGAGUAGUGAAGGUGGAGUUCUUUUAUGACCCUGGACAGUUACUUGGAGGUCUUCUGAAAGGCACUAGCUUGGAUGGUUCUUCUGCUGAAGAGCCAAGUUCAAGCUGCCCUGUGCUCAGGAGCACAGGGUAGAAUUAGAUAUUAACAUGGAAGAUUAUGUAAUCACACUUGUCUUUUUUUAUCUUUUGAUUUUGUAUAAUAACGUUAAAGGUCGAGCUUUAGUAGGAAGGUAGCUUUCUACCAGAAGUGUCCCGGAUUGGUCCAUUCCAGCCACUAUCUUUAAUGUGUCUGAGAUGGCUAAGUUUUUACUUUUCUGUCAGUUGUUCUUUUGUUUGGGUUAGGGGAUGUUGCAAUUCUUCAGCCCGUGGAGCUGCUAGAUUUGCUUUAAAUUCUAGGAUGUCUUUUACUUUCAGUAAGGAUAAUCUCUCCCCCAGCUUUGGCUGCUGUAUGUAAGGAAGAUUACCAUCUUUGUUCCCUUUUUUUCAGCAAUAAAUUGAAGUUUAUCAUUAA